UUCGGUACCAUCAUGAAGACGAUUUUAGUGUAUUUGCUUUUUGUAAUAAUAUACGUGAGAAGUGAUGAUUACGUCAAUGUCACAUAUCAACCCGCCCAAAGGCAACUGUUAGAUUUCAAGAAGGAACACCCUCACCCAAUAGGACUUUGGACUAAAAACGCAGGAGAUCCGGUUGAUAUUCGUGACACCAUAUCAAUUAACUCCGAUCAAUUUAACAACCAGUUGUUUAUUGAUAAUUUCUCCACAUUAGAUGGUGAAAGAAUACCAGAACGUGUGGUACACGCCAAAGGUACAGGAGCCUUUGGUUACUUCGAAGUUAAACACGAUGUCUCCAAGUAUACAUACGCUGAUGUGUUCAAUGGAGUGGGGAAGAAAACACCGGUAGUCGUUAGACUCUCGUCUGCAUUACAAAACAUUGGAGGCACUGAUCUUGGUAGAGAACCAAGAGGACUAUCCAUCAAAUUUUACACCCAAGAGGGAAACUUAGACAUCUUAUGUUUAUCAGUACCUGUCUAUCUAUACAGAGAUCCAUUGUCAUUUUUAGAUAUAGUACAUGCACUGAAGAGAAAUCCUCAGACUAACUUGGUCGAUUUCACGAGCCUUUAUGAUAAGGUAACAUUAAAACCAACAGCUAUUCUCUUCUUAUUUUGGUUAUUGUCUGAUUUUGGUAUUCCCGAUGGAUACAGAAAGAUGGAUGCUUUCCCCAUUCAUACAUUUGAACUUGCAAACAAACAUGGAGAGACGCACUAUGUCCGAUUCAAUUUUAGAACUGAACAGGGUUUCUCACCGCUCACUACACCACAAGCGGCCGCCAUUCAAGCAGUAGAUCUGGAUUACUUUACCAGAGAUUUAUACAACGCGAUUGAUUUAGGAGACUAUCCUGCAUGGAAACUGGAGAUGGAUGUAAUGACGCCACAUGACAUACAAAAACUGGAUUAUGAUCCAUUCGAUGUCUCAAGGCUGUGGAAGAAUGGUACGUUUUUCACCGUGCCGAUUGGUAGGUUGGUAUUGAACAAAAAUGUCGAAAAUCAGUUCAGAGAUGUCGAACAAGCAGUAUAUAAUCCUGGUCAUUUAGUACCUGGUAUUCCUGGACCAGUGGACUUUUUGUUCCGUGGUAGGAGAUCAAAUUAUAGGGAUACUCAAAAUUAUCGCGUGGGAAGAAACAAUAAUAAGAUUUUAGUAAACAUGCCAUUGUACGAGAAGACGUAUGUACGAGAUGGAAGACCACCGACUAGGCUUAAUAUGAAGAACGCUCCCAACUAUUUUCCUAAUUCAUUCCAUGGACCGGCUCCAUAUGUGGAUGAGCACAGACCGUGGAAGAAGUUGCAAGUAUUAGAAAGUAAUGCUGUCGAUUUGGAACCAGCAUGGUAUUUUUAUAACUAUAUUCUGGAAGACGAAGCUCACAGACAGAGAUUUAUAACCAAUCUUGCCGUGACUCUUGCGCCAGUCACACCACCGGUGAUACAAAGAGUGUUUAAAAUGUUGCAUUUGAUUGAUGAAGAUUUGGCUAAACGUGCUAGGGCUGCUUAUGAAGUAGCGGUUGCAGCAGCGGCGGCUCAGCAAGCAGCGACAUCUCUUCCGCCUGUGAAUCCUAAGAGGAAUUACCCAACCGCAGACGGUCCUCCUAAACAUAACGACACAAAAAGUGUUUAUCGUUUAGGUAUUCAUCAUGAGCAUGUCUUCAUGGAUCAUCACUAAUAGCAUUUCUUGAUAUUGUUAAAUAUAGAAAAUGUAAUCGAUUUCAUUGUUUUGAAAUAACU